AAACACAUCCAUAUCUAAUUACUUCACUACUACUCUUGAUUCUUGAAUCAAAUCAAUGGCUAUCUCAAUGAAGAUUGCUUAUGUUUUUCUCAUUGUAACCCUUGUGAUAAACAGCAAUGCUCUUCAAACCGAAGCUUCUUUAGGUUGUGGGGAUGUAAUUAAUGCAUUGAUGCCAUGUUAUGGUUACAUGAGGUCUUAUGGGAAUACUGCUGUCCCGGCCGCAUGUUGUAAUGGCAUUAGGGGUUUGAAUGAUGCUGCAAGAACCACACCUGAUCGUCAGACUGCAUGCACUUGCUUGAAACAGAUUGCAUCUAAUGCACCUUCUGGUUCGGUCGCUUUGGCUGCUUCUCUUCCACAAAAGUGUGGUAUUUCGAUUCCUUAUAAGAUUGACCCACGAACCGAUUGCUCUAGGGUGCGUUGAUGAUUGAUGGUUGAGUUGAAUGAAAAUAAAUGGUGGAUUCGAUCGGGAAGAAUAAAGAUGGGGUUUGAGUAUUAGAAGGUUGUUAAGAUCCAGAUGGCCUACUUUGUUUUCAAUGUUUUUUCUUGUUUUCAAUGUUUUUCUAGUAUCUUGUCUUAAUUAAUGAUGCAUGGAGGUUUUAUAAUAUAUGUAGUACUCUUAUUCUAUCUAUUAUUGUUGUUAUUUGGGAUCA